CAGAUGGAGGUGCCAGUUGUACGUUGUCUCUAGCUCUGGGUAGUACCUCAGCAUGCCGCCUGUUUGACACGUUUAACAGUUGCCCCGGAGAAGGCUUUACAUCUUAAAUAACCGGAAGGCUCCUGGUUUUUGGCGGAAAAGGAAGACAUGAAGGAGAUUUGUAACAGUUGGAGAAUUUACUGAUAACCCUCCUCUCAGCUCACACAAACCGCCGAAACGGAAGGCUUUGGAGUAUUCAAUUUUUUUUUCCGUUGUAUGUUUUUUCUCUUCCUUAUCGUGGUGCUGGGAGGUGCUUCAUCUUUUCAUAUAUUCGCUCUCUCCAUCAUUUGCCUCCUCAUUUAUUUAUCCAUCUACCUGCUGUACAAUUUCCUCUAUUUAUGAGUGAGAGAGAGAGGAGGGGGAGUUUUUAUUUUCAUUUUGAGACUUUUUUUCUUUCCCUUGUCUCUUUCCUCUCUCCCUCCUCACCAUUCCAUCCCUUUCGAUCCUUAUUCCUUUCCUUCUCUACCCUUUUCCACCAGUUCUCCAGAGCACAUUCCUCUCCCUCUAUUUCUCUGUCUUUAAACUCAGAUGUAAAUUAACUUGGACUGAAUUUUUUUUAAAGAAAGAGACAACUAAACAACAACUCUUCUUCAAUGACUCCUUUUCCCCCAUUUUCCUUCUCUUCCUCCUCUGGUCCUUCCUCACCCACAUCCUAUGCAUCACAAUUUUGCGGGGUUCUUAAAUUGAUAACUCUAGUCUUGACAAAGACCCAACGUACAGACCGAUGAUGGUGACUAAAUAAACGAGGGGAGCGACAGAAGAAACAGAAGAAGGGAAGGAGGAAGACACGCUCUAAUCUCCAACAUUGCCACGGCAACCGUUGUUCACACACACAGAGUUGUCAGAGGAAACCUCGUCGCGCUGUAUCAUCCAGUGGAAGAAGACGGGAGGAUGAGUCAGACGACAAGAGACGAUUGAGAGAGCGCCUCGCCCCUCUCCAUCUCUUUCUCCAUUCGUCAUUUCUCCAUUUAUUUUUUGAGUUCUCCUUACACACUCAAACUUGACACACGCACACUUGUUCAAUCCCGGUGCUCAUCCCCCACUCCAUAAGCCCUCUUCACGUCUACUCCUCUCUGCACGGCUUCAUCUGUUCAUCCUUCCCUCCACCCGGUGCUAUGAGAGGAGUAGUUGGGUCCCAGACCACACCACCAUGCCAGUUCUGAAGAGUAGAGAGGAGAUCUGGGCUGGCAAUGUACAAGGUACUGCAUUUACACUCCUCCACGAUGCUUGUCAGCCUCCUCUCCCCCUCCCCACUCCAGGACAGGCGCGUCACCUCCUCCUUCCCCCCUCCUCCUCCCGAACACAGCUCUUCCCCUCAUCAGCAACCUCGCCUGGCCCUUCCCUCCCUCUCCCUCCCUCUCUCCCUCUCUCUCCUCCUCCUCUCCCUAUUCCUUCUGCCCAUCUGCGAGUCGGCGCGGUCGCCUGGGAGGGGCGGAGCUGGCCAGGGCGGAGGAGCACCAGGAGGUGCACCCGGGACGGGAGGAGCAGGAGGCGAGAAAGGAGGCCAGAGGGGCACAAACCUCAUCCCCCCUCACUACUCCCCUUACUACCCCCCAGUAUCCCCUGCCCGGCCCCCUGUGCCCCCCUUACCUCCCAAAGUGGCCUCCUCUCUUAGCAUCGCCGUCAUCCUGGUGGGCAACUCUAGCGAGGUGUCGUCCACCUACGUGGAGAAAGAGGAGUUCCUCCAUGUUCCCCACCCUACCAAAGUCCAACUGGAGACCAUGAACGACACGGACCCCAAGAGUAUCAUCAACCGCAUCUGCACCCUGAUGACCAACACCUGGCUGCAGGGGGUGGUGUUCGGGGACGACACAGACCAGGAGGCCAUCGCCCAGAUCCUGGACUUCAUCUCUGCCCAGACACACAUCCCCAUCCUGGGCAUCCGAGGAGGCUCCUCCAUGGUCAUGGCUGCCAAGGACGACCACUCCAUGUUCUUCCAGUUUGGCCCGUCUAUAGAACAGCAGGCCUCCAUCAUGCUGAAGAUCAUGGAGGAAUACGACUGGUACAUCUUCUCCAUCGUCACCACCUACUACCCCGGAUACCAGGACUUUGUCAACAAAAUCCGGAGCACCAUAGAGAACAGUUUUGUGGGCUGGGAGCUAGAAGAAGUCCUCCUGUUGGACAUGUCUGUGGAUGACGGAGACGCUAAGAUUCAGAACCAGAUGAAGAAGCUGCAGAGUCCUGUCUACCUGCUUUACUGCACCAAGGAGGAGGCCUACACCAUCUUUGAGGUGGCAAACUCUGUGGGACUGACGGGAUACGGCUACACCUGGAUCGUACCGUCGCUAGUGGCCGGCGACGCCGAUAAUGUCCCCGCCGUGUUUCCCACAGGGCUUAUUUCGGUGUCGUAUGACGAAUGGGACUACAGUUUGGAGGCUCGGGUGCGGGAUGCAGUGGCUGUCAUCGCCAUGGCGACCUCCACCAUGAUGCUGGACCGGGGGCAACACACGCUGCUCAAGUCAGGCUGCAACGAGACCCCUAACAAGAAGGGCUCCAAACAAAGCAACUCCAAUGAAGUGCUCAAGUAUCUGAUGAACGUGACGUUCGAGGGACGUAACCUGUCGUUCAGUGAGGAUGGAUACCAGAUGCAUCCCAAACUGGUCAUCACCCUGCUAGACAAGCAGAGGCGCUGGGACAAGGUGGGUAAGUGGGAGAACAGCUCCCUGUCCAUGAAGUACCACGUGUGGCCCAGGUUCGAGCUGUUCUCCGAUGGGGAGGCCCGGGAGGACGACCACCUGUCCAUCGUGACGCUGGAGGAGGCUCCCUUUGUCAUCGUGGAGGACGUGGACCCCCUCAGUGGCACCUGCAUGAGGAACACAGUGCCGUGCAGGAAACAGCUUAAAAUACUCAACCAGACAGUACCUGGCCAGUACACCAAGCGCUGCUGUAAAGGUUUCUGCAUCGACAUCCUGAAGAAGAUCGCCAAGCAGGUCAAGUUCACCUAUGACCUCUACCUGGUCACCAACGGAAAGCACGGCAAGAAGAUCAACGGCACCUGGAAUGGAAUGGUCGGGGAGGUGGAGCAGAAGAAGGCCCACAUGGCCGUGGGGUCGCUCACCAUCAACGCGGAGAGGUCUGAGGUCAUUGACUUCUCCGUGCCCUUCAUCGAGACGGGGAUCAGUGUCCUGGUCUCCCGUAGCAACGGCACUGUCUCCCCCUCCGCCUUCCUUGAGCCGUUCAGUGCGGACGUGUGGGUGAUGAUGUUUGUGAUGCUGCUACUCGUGUCAGCGAUUGCUGUGUUUGUGUUUGAGUACUUCAGCCCGGUCGGCUACAACCGCUGCCUGGCAGACGGACGAGAGCCUGGUGGCCCCUCCUUCACCAUCGGCAAGGCCAUCUGGCUGCUGUGGGGCCUGGUUUUCAACAACUCUGUUCCCGUCCAGAACCCUAAAGGCACCACCAGUAAGAUCAUGGUGUCGGUGUGGGCCUUCUUCGCUGUCAUCUUCCUGGCCUCCUACACUGCCAACCUGGCUGCCUUCAUGAUCCAGGAGGAGUAUGUGGAUCAGGUGUCGGGCCUCAGUGACAAUAAGUUCCAAAAACCCAACGCCUUCUCCCCGCCAUUCCGUUUCGGAACGGUGCCCAAUGGAAGCACGGAACGGAACAUCCGCAACAAUUACCCGGAGAUGCACCAGUAUAUGACCAGCUUCCACCAGAAGAACGUGAACGAGGCCCUGGCAAGCCUCAAGGGAGGUAAAUUGGAUGCCUUCAUCUACGAUGCUGCUGUGUUGAACUACAUGGCCGGGAGGGACGAGGGCUGUAAACUGGUGACCAUCGGCAGCGGGAAGGUGUUCGCCACCACCGGUUACGGCAUCGCCAUCCAGAAGGAUUCUGGCUGGAAGAGAGCAGUGGACCUGGCCAUCCUCAUGCUGUUCGGCGAUGGAGAGAUGGAGGAGCUGGAGGCUCUGUGGCUGACGGGGAUCUGCCACAACGAGAAGAACGAGGUGAUGAGCAGCCAGCUGGACGUGGACAACAUGGCAGGUGUCUUCUACAUGCUGGGGGCGGCCAUGGCUCUGUCGCUCAUCACCUUCAUUGCCGAGCACGCCUUCUACUGGCAACUGCGCUUCUGCUUCAUGGGCUACUGCACCGGCAAGCCAGGCUUUACCUUCUCCAUCAGCAGGGGCAUCUGGAGUUGUAUCCACGGGGUCCAGAUCGAGGAGAACAAGUCGGCCAUGGACUCUCCAUCGGCCACCAUGAACAUGAACAUGAACAACACCCACUCCAACAUCCUGCGACUGCUCCGCACAGCCAAGGACAUGACCGCCAUCCCGGGGGUCAACGGCUCGCCGCACACACAUGGAGCCCUGGACUACGGUGGCCACCACCGUGGCGAGUCGCCCAGCAUCUACGACGUCUCCGAGCACCGGCGCAGCUUGCAAGAGCGCAAGGCCCCGCCGCCGCCCUACCUGCCUGAGGACAACAUGUUCAGCGACUACAUCAGCGAGGUGGAGAGGACUUUUGGCAACUUGCCCCUGAAGGACAACAACCUGUACCAGGACCAUUACCUGCACCACCACUCAGGUCCGGGACCUGGGCUGGCUCUGGGUAUGUCCGGCCCCCCGCCUAACAGGCCGAGUAGCUUAGGCAGUACCAGUUCAUUGGAGGGAGGGAUGUUUGAUUGUGACAGUUUAGGGGGAGAGGUAGCUCCCAUAUUCACCACACAGCCCCGCGUUGCCUCCCUGACUCACAGGAACACCAAUAAGUUUGACCUGAUCGCUGGCCACGCCUCGGCCUCAGGCUCCGGUCAGCAGGGGGGUCAGUUCAAGCCGAACGACCUCUACGGGAGGUUCUCCUUCAAAGGCGGGGCGUCCAGUUCUGGGUUUAUCGACAGGGGUGGUCACGACAGAUACUGCAUGGGUGGAGGAGGAGGGGGUGGCGGGGGCUCGGGCGAUGAUGUGUCGGAUAUCUCCUCACACACCAUCACCUACGGCAAUCUGGAGGGCAAUGCCAAGAGGCGUAAACAGUACAGGGACAGCUUGAAAAAGAGGCCCGCCUCAGCCAAAUCCAGACGGGAGCAGGACGAGAUUGAUUACCGGAGGCGAGCCCACCACCAUCACACCGUCCACCACCACUUCUCCCGCGGGCCCCUGGGACACCGCUCGGCCUCCCCACCCCUGGUCCCCUCUGAGCGGAAGAGAGGAGGUGGAGGAGGAGGGGGUAACUCUUCACCUUACUUAUUCCGCGACAAAGAAAAUCUGAGGGAGUUCUAUGCGGAGCAGGUCCUUUCCAAGGAGGGCUCUGCCAAGUGGGAGCAUGUGGAUGUGGCCGACGGGCCUUGUCCGAUGGGCGGUAGGGGAGGAGGAGUCGCUGGCGGUAGUAGUGGUAGUGGCAUUUGUAAGAGCCUAGUGCCUGUGGAGGAUUUCCUGAAAGGUAACAAACCCAAGAAGUCAGAGGGUAAAAGUGGCGUAGUCGGAGGAAUGGGCUUGGGGACGUCAGGGCAACAGGCCCACACGUGUUGGGAGAAGAACAUGUCUGAAGUGGGGGGUGGAGGCAUAGCAGGGGGUGACUGGGAGUGUCGGAAUCACAGUGGUGGUGGUGGCGGGGGAGGAGGAGGGAAGUCCAUCUCUCACCAUGGGGGAGGGGGCACCUGUACGCAUGGGAGCGCUAGUGGCGGAGGGGGAGGGGGUGGGGGCGCUAGUGGCGGAGGGGGAAAUAGUCGUCCAAGCUCUGCUACUUGCAAACGGUGCGAGUCGUGUAAGAAACCAGGCAACCUGUAUGACAUCAGUGAAGAUAACCUCAUAUUUAGCCAGAUGGGGGUGGAGGGGGAAGAGUGGUGACGCGGGGGUGCUGGCCAAUCACAAAGUCAUGCACAGCGCAGGAAGCUAGGGCCAGGUGGGCGGGUGUUACGGAGACAACACUCCUACGACACGUUUGUGGAUUUGCAGAAGGGUGGGGGUGGCGGACGCAUGGGCGGGGGUGGAGGAGGAGGUGGAGGAGGAGGGGGAGGGGGGCAGCUCCUCCCACCCAGAAGUGUGAGCUUGAAAGACAAAGACCGCUACAUGGAGGGAGUUAGCCCGUACGCCCAAAUGUUUGCCCAGUACGCGGAGAGGGACAGAGAUAGUCCCUCCUUUUUCAGUCGGGGAGGUAGUGAGCGGGAGAGGGCGAAAGGAGGCUCCUCCUUCAAUUUGUUCCGAGGCGAACGAGGAGAAGGUGGGUUGCACCGUCGGUCGGUGGGGGAGAAAGACAUGAGGGACAGGGAUAGAAGAAUGAUGGGAGGUGGAGGUGGUGGGGGCGGUAGUGGCAAAUGGGCCGGGACUUACUCCUUGUCUAAAUCUCUCUACCCAGAUAAGGUGACCCAGAACCCCUUCAUCCCAACCUUCGGCGACGACCAGUGUCUAUUACAUGGCGGCAAACCAUACUACGUCAAAAUGUCUCCACAGCAACAGCAACAACCGCCACAGCAUCUCCUCAACAACAGCCGCGGGGACUUCCGAGGCUCCAUGGGGGUGCCGUCAUAUUUUCCGCCGUCAGCCACGACGGGGGUUAUGUCCAACGUGACCUCCAGGUUCCCCAAUGAUCUGUGUCUCGGGGGAGGGUUGGGGGGCCCCAUGGGGAACCACCAUGGCCCCAGACUGGGAGGCAACAAGCUACUGCCGGUCAGGGACGGGGGGUUAGGGUUGGUGGGGCAGGGCGGCCAGAGACCCUUCAAUGGCUCGAGCAACGGCCACGUUUACGAGAAGCUCUCCAGCAUCGAGUCUGACGUCUGAAAGAAAGAGAUGGAGCUGGAGAACAGGAUAAUUGCUUCUCCGUCCGAGGAGAACGAACAGACGCUACAUUGUGUACAUCGUUCUCCUAUUUCUAACUGAGGAAGGUUAGUUGGACAAUGGACACUGCAGACAGAGUGAAGGAGAGUGAAGGAACUGUCAAGUGUAACAGAAAGCGACACAACUUCUAAUGAGGAAAUGAACGGAUUCUGCUGCUUGACUCUGAGACUGUGAGGGAGGAGGAGAGAAAUCUCUCCUCCGUUUCUCCUCUCCUUCUUCACUCCCUCUUCUAUCUUUCCCUCUCUUCCGCUCGCCUGCUGUUCCUUACACCAAAACUAACAUUUUGCUUAGCUAUCAGAAAUACAAUCAAAUGAAUGAAAAAUCAAAUACUUUUCUUGAAGUAACAGGGUAAACUAACAAUAAUUGUAUUGAUAAUGUUGUUAAUGAUAUUAUUGAAUAUAAUUAAAUGGUUUAACGUGUUCAGUUUGGGCUCGUUUCUUUUUCUUUUCUUUUUUUUAUAGUUCAUGUUGUUAUAUAUUUGUACUGUUGUUAAUUAUUUGCUAGGCCACCAUAUUACAGGAGACUAAUAGACUAUUUGUUAGGAAGAAAUGUUACUUAAGUACCAAUACUUGUAGGUCAUUCAGAUUUCUUCUUAAUUCUUGAUUAUCCAUAUUUUCUGUUCUUGGAGUGCGCUGUGAAAAAGUAUACUGUAUGUGAAAGGCAUGAUUUGCUGAGUACAUUUCCCAUAUACUUGACAUCUUAUAGUGAAGGAGAAAGUACUUAUGUGGUAUCAUACUGGUUUGCCGUUUAGAUUUCUUGUUUUGCCUGGCGGUACGUCGGGAGUAGUGGUGAUCUCAGAUACCGAGCGGGAUGUGCCUUACUGAAUCCUCUACGCCCAUAAAGAUAUGAAGACUCCUCCUCCUAUCGCUAGAAAGGGUGUUCAUUCUGUAGACAAUUCACUUAUUAACUAGUCAUUCAUAAAGUGGUUAUCAUGUUCUCUGAGAAUCCGCUUAGCUGAGAUUUCACUUUAAACGAGACCCACCCACCUGAAAGGAGAGAUAGUUGCAUCAUGGAAGAUUUCGUUUUCUGCUCGUUUCACUCGGGUGCUAGUCAAGAGGCUCUUAUCUCACCCUUUAGCUUUCCAUAAAUCAUUUGAUUUAAUAUUUUAAAUACCAACAUAUCACAAGUCCCCCUUAUAUACCCAAAAUGUAAACUAUCAAUUACACUUAUUAUAAUUUUCGUAUUGUUUUUUUUUUUUAACUUUUAACUUGGCAUAGAUGCAGUAUUUGCUAAAUAUAUGUAAUUCCCCUUGAAUGCCUAUAUGUUGCUGGGAAGUGAUUCAAUGGAGUUGGUUUCAAUUGGACUUGACUGUUGUCUACCUUUUAAGAUCUGGUCUUGAUGGAAUGUUGGACCAUGGUCUGGGAAUGGAGAGACGGACAGCAGGACGUGUUAGUUAUUUCAUUUUGUAUUUUGGCAGUAAGCUGUUGCUGCUAUAUUAUCGAGACACAUUUAUUAGAAGGGGGGUGGGUGGGGAGUGGUGUGCUGUGAACACAGGGAGGAAAGAAAGUUUCAGUUGGUUUAUUUAUUUACUUUCACCCAAUCACUGUACUGUUACUGUACUGUUACUGUACUGUUACUGUACUGUUACUGUAUAGUUACUGUACUGUUACUGUACUGUCUCUCCUUAAUUCACGUCAAGGACUUGAUCAAACCACUAAUCAUGUUUAACUUACUUAGAAUGUGUUAGAAUUUCUGAGAUAAUUCAGAUAUCACUAAAGGUGGUCACUUGAUAUGGGGAUUGGGGAGAAUAAUCACUAUUUCACUAUUUGUUAGCUUUUUUUCUUUCCUUGUGAAUACCAACACAAAUCAAUCACUUUAUACAGGACACACAAGACAGCCUGGAUGUAACAUUCAGUAAAUCUCAGUAAACUUUCAACAUUUUUCCGAAGAUGAUUAUGGAAUGUUUUGGCAACUUCCAUCAAUGGCUUGAUACAUAAGUAGGAUAAAAGGACAAUAACGUUUGUAAAGCUUGAGUACUUGACCAGGGCAAGAUUACCAUUAGCCUAGUAUUAGCAAGAAUUCUUCAUCUCUGUAUUUAAAAUAAAACCUUAUUUGAAUAAUUCUUUAUAUUUCAACCAGAACAACCACUUUUCAUAUAUCAGGGCAAAUCUCUUAUGAAUUUACAAAUGUGAUUGAAGGCACUGGACAGUAUUUUCCUUUUGGAAAAUAGUGUUCACAACUGUCCUGGAAGGUACUUGGUGGAAGGUGGAGAAAAGCAAACCAAUGCCAUGAUUAAAAAAAAAAUUAAAACGUUGAAUCUCCACAUAGUGUGGAAAGUAACGUUUUCCCCCCUAUUCUAUAAGCAUUGAGUCCAGUGGUUUGUUUAUCAUGCCUUUACCAAUGUCUCUGGGUCGCUUCCAUCAAUGACAACCUCAUGUCCAUGGAAGAUGACCUCAAAGCCACAACGUAUCACAGACAGAUAUCCAGGUCCACGCUGUAUUUGUGUUCCCCUCCAUGUAAUUGUUGUAAUAUACAAUUUAGGACCCCCCAUAUCUUCAUUUUAUUUAUUCUAUUUAUUAAUUACUUUAAGUUAUAGCUGUCUAAAAUAUUACAUUGCUAAGUGAUUUGUCAUUUUGCCAAACCAAAUUGUAUGAUCUAAGCACAAUCAGUGUUAUUGAUUAGUUGAUCAAUACUUGUACAUCCCUAUUGACACUUGGAAAGAUUUUCCCUUCUUUCAUGACUGACAAGUCAGUGUGUAUGAUAUUGAGUCAGUGUAUACGGACAUGUGUUCGUAAGGACAUGCAUGCAUCAGUGGAAUUUUUUCAUUUUCCCUUUUUUACUUAGACUCUAUUUUAUCCCAAAAGUGGGUGUUUGGGAAUGAUAUCUGGACUUUUUAAUCGAUUUAAUUUAUUCUGAUCCUUGUUGGUGUGUGUUUGUCUCUGUAAAAAGACAAAUAGAAUUUUGCUCUCGAAAUUGUCGUUAUUUUAAAAUAUUUCAAAUUCAGUCAACAGAAUUGUCAAUAGGAAUAAUUGCUAUGAGAAAAAUAGUUUCAACAGAUUUAUUAUGGGAACCAGGAGAAGUUUAAGAAGAGAAGUUCAGGCUUCUCUGCUCCUCUUGAUGUUUGGUUGUAAAUGCCUGUGAAUGAGGUGAAGGUAUUGGUAUCAUUAAAUGCCUGUGAAUGAGGUGAAGGUAUUGGUAUCAUUAAAUGCCUGUGAAUGAGGUGAAGGUAUUGGUAUUAUUAAAUGCCUGUGAAUGAGGUGAAGGUAUUGGUAUUAUUAAAUGCCUGUGAAUGAGGUGAAGGUAUUGGUAUCAUUAAAUGCCUGUGAAUGAGGUGAAGGUAUUGGUAUCAUUAAAUGCCUGUGAAUGAGGUGAAGGUAUUGGUAUUAUUAAAUGCCUGUGAAUGAGGUGAAGGUAUUGGUAUUAUUAAAUGCCUGUGAAUGAGGUGAAGGUAUUGGUAUCAUUAAAUGCCUGUGAAUGAGGUGAAGGUAUUGGUAUCAUUAAAUGCCUGUGAAUGAGGUGAAGGUAUUGGUAUUAUUAAAUGCCUGUGAAUGAGGUGAAGGUAUUGGUAUUAUUAAAUGCCUGUGAAUGAGGUGAAGGUAUUGGUAUUAUUAAAUGCCUGUGAAUGAGGUGAAGGUAUUGGUGUUAUUAAAUGCCUGUGAAUGAGGUGAAGGUAUUGGUGUUAUUAAAUGCCUGUGAAUGAGGUGAAGGUAUUGGUAUUAUUACAUGCCUGUGAAUGAGGUGAAGGUAUUGGUAUUAUUAAAUGCCUGUGAAUGAGGUGAAGGUAUUGGUAUCAUUAAAUGCCUGUGAAUGAGGUGAAGGUAUUGGUAUUAUUAAAUGCCUGUGUAUUGGUAUAACGUUUUUAUGAAGUGAUGAACCAGCUUUGAUUUUCAAUGUAUUUGCUUGUUUUUUUCCCUACAACCUCUCUUUCUUCAGUAAGUUGCUUUCCCUCUUUCUCUCUCUCUUUCUCUCUCUCUCUCUC